AUGAGACGGCCAGAGCCCACCGCGGAGCCCCAGGUUACAUACUCAUCUGGCCGCGCCGACGGAGAGGGUGCGCCAGAUCUCCGGAUUUUGCACUACAACGAUGUGUACCAUGUCGAUCCCUCAAGCGCCGAACCAGUCGGAGGAUUCCCAAGGUUCAUGACCAUGUGCAAGGAGUACCGAAAUGGUAGCCAAUUUGCCGGCCAGCCCAGGCUCAUCACCCUCUUCUCUGGUGACGCGUUCAACCCUAGUCUUGAAAGCAGCGUUACCAAAGGAAAGCACAUGAUUCCUGUUCUCAAUGCCAUCGGGACUGAUGUGGCUUGUGUUGGGAAUCAUGAUCUCGACUUUGGCGUGAAGCAGUUCGAGUCUCUCGCAGAAAAGUGCAAUUUUCCUUGGCUUAUUGCCAAUGUUCUGGAUCCUGCGCUUGGUAAAGACGUGCCCCUCGGAAAUGCAAAGCCUACACACAUGAUGACCUCAUCCAACGGCAUCAAAAUUGGUAUCAUCGGUCUUGGAGAGCGCGAGUGGCUCGCCACGAUCAACAUUUUGCCACCGGAUUUGAUCUACAAAUCGGCGAGCGCCACUGCAAAGGAGCUCAUUCCCAAGCUAAAGGCUGAUGGCGCAGAAAUUAUCAUUUGCCUAAGCCACAUGCGCGAGCCCAACGAUGUCAAGCUGGCGGAGCAAACAGACGGACUGAUUGACAUCAUUUUAGGCGGACAUGACCACUAUUACAACCACCAGCUUAUCAAUGGCACGCAUGUGCUUCGGUCUGGAACCGACUUCAAGAACCUCAGUUACAUAGAGGCUCGUCGGAGAAAAGAGCAUCCAGACAAGUGGGACUUUGAUAUCUGGAGGCGGGACAUUACUUCCAAAGUCAAGGAACACUUUCCGUCCCAAAAGCUUGUCAAGAAUCUGACAAGCGACUUAAAAAAGUCGCUAGCUAAACCUGUUGGGUGGACUGCAAUGCCUCUCGAUGCGCGUUUUAACACGGUUCGAAUGAAGGAGUCGAAUAUUGGAAAUUUUGUCUGUGACAUUAUGCGACAAUACUAUCAUGCUGACUGCUGCAUCAUGGCCUCUGGAACAAUUCGAGGUGACCAAAUCUACCCCCCCGGAGCGUUUAGGAUGAAAGACAUAACAACUUGCUUUCCAUUUGAGGACCCUGCCAUCUUAAUCCGCGUGACGGGCCAGGCAAUUUGGGAUGCGUUAGAGAACAGCGUUUCCACGUAUCCCGCACUAGAAGGCAGAUUCCCGCAAGUCUCGAACAUUAAGUUCUCGUUUGACCCGUCGCGGGAAAGAAACAAACGAGUACUCUCGCUCGAAAUCGGUGACAAGCCAUGCGAGCCAGAAAAGAAGUAUCUGCUCGCUACAAGAGGCUACAUGGGGCGAGGUAAAGAUGGUUACGAUAGCUUGCUCGUUCAGUCCGAAGGAGGCCAAGCGGAAGAAAUUGUCGACGAGGAGAGUGGAAUUCUCAUCAGCACCAUGCUGAGACAAUAUUUCAUGGCCCUGCGAACUGUCGGAAAAUGGCAAAAACUCUCCGAACAAUGGAUGACGGUAGCGUCAAAACUGAAGAGCAACACGGACGAGCACCUACAGGCGACGACUUCAGAGGACCUCGAAAAGAGCCUAACGCUGUCGCGAAAGAGCUCAGAGGAAGCGGGCACAGACCGGAGCAACAGCUGGCACAACUUUAUUCGUUCUAGACUCGGCCACAACAAGCUACCGCACGAUGACGGCGACGACGACGACAAGGCACUCCAUGAAAUUGCCGAAGAAGGAGUCGCAGACGAGUCCCGCGCCGAGACUUGUGCGGGCGCCGACCCGGACCACGAGAUGGAUAUAGAGACGCUGCUUUUGCGCAAGUUUUGGGCGCGCUGGAUCCGCAAUGCUGGCAUCAAGUCCAGCGUGUGCGAGCCGGCGGGCGAUGGGGGCUGCAUGGUCGACUGGACGCGCUUGAUUGCGCCUGUAGUAGAAGGCAGAAUUACAAUGAUUGAAAACAAGGCAUAG